AUGCCGAAAGUAUGGGGGAAUAUCGGCGCCUGGGCGGCGGAAGCCGAGCGGGCGGAAGCGGAAGAGAAGGAACAAGCUGCUACGGCUGCAGCGGCUCCACCGCAGAGCUAUCCGAGUUUGAAAGAGGCGGUGAGUACUAAUAAAGGGAAGAAGAAGACGAAGAUGACGUUGCAGGAGUUCACGAUGGCAGGGUCUGGAGGUCUAGGCGGUGGCGGUUCGUCUCGUGAAUUGGCUUUUGAGUAUAAAGGAUUGACUCCUGAAGAAAUGAUGCGGCUUCCGACCGGGCCGAAAGAGCGGUCGCCUGAGGAAAUGCAAUACGGGAGGCUCGGAGGAGGUUUCUCGUCAUAUGGAGGUGGUCGUGGAGGGCCGAGGAUGCGUGAUAGGGAUGGAGAUGGUGACGGUUCUUGGGGGAGUGGUCGGAGAUCAUAUGGUGGAUUUGGUGAUGAUCGUAGGGGUCCGCUUCCUCGUGUUUCGGAAUAUGAUCAACCAUCUAGGGCAGACGAGGUUGAUAAUUGGGCAAUGACGAAGAAACCUAUGGCUCCGUCUUACGAUUCCGUCACUAGAAAUAACCGUUACGGUUCUCAUGGUACCGGAGGAGUUGGGGGAGGAUUUUCCAAGGCUGACGAGAUUGAUAAUUGGGCAGCGAGCAAGAAGCCAUUGCCACCGGCAAGGUCUUCGAGCUUCUCCCCUGGUUUUAGGGAUUCUGCUGGUUCUGAACUCGAUCGUUGGCAAAGGGGUGUUGUACCUCGUGAUGGUGAUCAUGAACGACCAUCUGAACGGCGGCGAUUGGUGUUAGAUCCACGUCGGAGUGAAAAUGCUCCAGUUGAGCCAUUGGCAAAGACCAAUAAGCCAAAUCCUUUUGGGGCAGCCAGGCCCAGAGAAGAGGUAUUGGCUGAGAAAGGUUUGGACUGGAAGAAGGUGGAUUUAGAAAUUGAGUCUAAGAAAAGUAGCAGUCGGCCGACGAGUUCACACACUAAUAGUAGACCAGGGAGUGCACACUCCGGCAGUUCAGUGGAGGGUCCGGCACCAGCUGCAUUGCAGGGAUUAGAGAAGACUAGGCCUAAAGUGAACCCUUUUGGUGAUGCUAAGCCUAGGGAGGUUUUGCUUCAAGAGAAAGGUAUUGAUUAUAGGAAGAUUGAUCUUGAGUUGGAGCAUCGUCGCCUUGGCAGGUCUGAGACAGAAGCAGAAAAGAAUUUGAAGGAAGAAAUAGAUACUUUGAAGAGGGAUUAUGAAAACGAGUAUGGUGGAGAUACAAACAAAGAAUCUCUAGAAACCGGUAACGAGAAGCAAACCAGUUUACGUGAUAGAAUAGUUGAAAAAGAACGGGAAUUGGAACAACUAACGCUUGAUCUGGAUAAUAAAGUCCGGUUGAGUCAAAAACCUGUUGAAAGUCCAGGUUCUGGAGGUGGAAGAAGUGAAAGAUCAGCUUCUCAGUCUGGGUCCGUUGAUGAUUCUAGAAGUGUCGACUUCUCAGAGACGCCACGAUCCCGUGGCACGAGAGAUCCAUGGAUACGAACAGGUGAUGAGAAAAGAGGUUUCGGUGGUGGACGGGACAGAGGAUUUUCGGGCAACCGAGACCUUGGCAGAACAAAGUCAAGGGAGAGAUGGUGAAGAAGGUGAUGCAAUAUAAAGUAGAAGAAAGAGGUUGGUUCAUAUUUCUUUUU